AUGCUUUCUACAAAAUAUAUAUGUUUUUUGGUUGUUUUAGUAGCCUAUGUAGCUGCUGCAGAAAAAAGUAAAUGUGCGAAGGAACACAACGUAGACAAAUCAGACUUGGACGAAUUGAGAAAAAAUCCAAUCGACCCUGCAGAAAAAUUGUUGUGCUUCACCAAAUGUGAAUACGAAGGUGCAGGAGUAUUAAAUGCUGACAAAACUGUAAACGCAGACAAACUUAUCGAGCGAAUGGAAAAAUGGAAAGUUCUGCAGAUAACCACCAAGAAGGAAAUCAAGGAAUGCGUUGAGAAACUGACAGUUCCUGUUAGCAGCUGUUCAGAUGUCAAACCUUACUAUCUCUGCGUCCACCAUGCAGUUAAGAAAGAGGAUGACAAUAAAUCUAAAUGUGGGAAAGAACUCAACGUAGAAGAAUCAGACUGGCACGAAUUAAAAAAAAAUCCAACCACGCCUACGGAAAAAAUGCUGUGCCUCUUCAAAUGUGAAUACGAGGCUUCAGAAGCUCUUAAUGCUGACAAAACUGUUAAUGUAGAAAAACUAAUCGCUCAUGUCGAAAAGUGGAUGAUUCUGCCGGAAACUAACAAGAACAAAAUCAAGGAAUGCGUUAAGAAACUGACAGUUCCUGUUAACAGCUGUUCGGAUGUCAAACCCUACUAUCUCUGCGUCUACAAUGGAGUUAAAAAAGAGGUAGCAAAAUCCGACUGUGCCACUGAUUUGAAUGUCACGAAAAGUGAUUGGGAUGAGCUUAAGAAAGACACUGCCAAUCCUCCAGAGAAGAUAUUAUGCCUCUUCAAGUGCGAAUACGAACAGGCUGGUGCAUUGAAGGCUGAUAAGACUAUAGACGCUGACAAACUUGUGCAGAAGGUCACAGCUUGGAAAAAAAUGGACGAUCCUAUUAAAGCUGAAUUAAAAGAAUGCGUAAAUAAAGUUGCCAUUCCAUUGAAUACAUGUGCAGAUAUGAAACCGUACUUUUUGUGCGUCAGAAAAGCUGAGAAUGAACAGGAUAACAAACCAUCAAGUUCCUAAACCUAAUGCUUACAUCGUCAGGAUUUGAAGAAGCACGGACUUUUGAAACUGGUUUAAGAUAUUUGAAAGUCGGGAAAGAGUAUGCACUCAAAUAAUUUGUGAUGAAUAAAGAAUAAAUGUUUUUGUAGAA